CUGGCAGUUUCUUUGUCAUAAAUUGAAUUUGGUUUUUUCUCACAAAUUUGCCAGUAAAUUCUUGUUAAUUUGCAGGGUUUUUUUCACCAUAAAGCUCCCAACUUUUUUAAACAUAAUGUGGGUGAGUUACAUCUGUUUAAACAGCUGCCUUAACAUUGAUGACAAAGGUUUGAAGCAUUUGUGUUAGUAGUGACGGGUAAAAUACUGCUCCUGUGGGGGUCUAGGCACAGAAAGGUCACGUGUGAAGGAAACCUCUCCAGAUUCCUGCUUCAGUUCGGUUAGAUGCCAUUUCGAUGACUCUUCUGGAAGAGGCUCGCUCAUCUGCAGUACAGGAGAGAGUUUUGUGGAGUGGCUGCUGCUGUUUCAGCUUCUCUUUGCGUUGACCUUUAAAAACAAACAGAGCGAGAGGAGGGGGAGGGAGAGUGUGAGCGAGAGUACUAAUGAGACCAGCUGAGGUAGAUUAAUGAGACCAUCCAGAUGUUCCAGUGUCCACCUCUAACCUGCCUGUGGUAAUGAUGCUCCCACAGGGGAAGUCUCUCACUCAAGAAGGACCCUCUUACUUCAUUAUUAUUUGAUUACAGUGUCAUGUUCAUUUCAAGUGUUACACGGUUAAAAUCCACCAGCAGCUGUUUCUGUUUCAUUUUAGGCCAAAUGUUUAUUUAUAUGGAAAUGGCUGCUUGCUUUUGAUUAGAGCAGAGACCUCUGACUCCAAAGCCGGCUGGGCCUCAUUUGUUUCAGUGGUGGGAAAAAGUAUAGUAGUAGUAGUAGUACUCAGUCAUAGUAGUCAUUUCAGAUUGUACUAUUCGUUUGUAUGUCUCAUAGUGCAUUUCAAUGCUGCAUGUUUUUAAUGUGAUUCACUGUGAAACGCUGCAUUUAAUGUCACAGCUUCUGUUUUAUUUCUUGUCCUGACAGCAGUGUGAUCUGAAGACGUGCACUGUGCUGAUCAUAUGUUUGCUCACUGUUACAGUUUCAGUUUAAUGCCACUGUUACUAAUUCAGUGUUAUCCCUCUUCACUCUCUGUCUCCCUGUUGUUGAUCUUCUUGCUUUGCAUUUGAGAAGAAAGGCGGGCAUCCUGCCCAGCCUGGAGGAUCUGCUGUUCUACACCAUCGCAGAGGGCCAAGAAAAAAUCCCUGCACACAAAUUUACCACAGCUCUGAAGGCCACAGGGCUUCGCACGGGAGACCCGCGGCUGAAAGAAUGUAUGGAGAUGCUGAAGGUGACCUUGAAGACAACCUCAGACGGAGCGCUGGACCGACACCUCUUCAAAAAAUGUGUCCAGAGCAACAUCGUUCUGCUCACCCAGGCCUUCAGGAAGAAGUUUGUUAUUCCAGACUUCCAGUCCUUCUCUGCUCACAUCGACGAGCUGUACGAAAACGCCAAAAACAUGUCUGGAGGGCAGGUGGCAGACUACAUUCCCCAGCUGGCACGCUUCAGCCCAGACCUGUGGGCCGUCGCCCUGUGCACAGUCGACGGACAGAGGCACACUGUCGGCGACACCAAAGUUCCCUUCUGUCUGCAGUCCUGCGUGAAGCCGCUGAAAUACGCCAUCGCCGUUCACGACCACGGCACUGAGUACGUGCAUCGCUUCAUCGGCAAAGAGCCCAGCGGCCUGCGCUUCAACAAGCUCUUCCUGAACGAGGACGAUAAACCACACAACCCCAUGGUUAAUGCUGGUGCUAUUGUCUGCACCUCCCUCAUUAAGCAAGGGGCGAGCAACGCCGAGAAAUUUGAUUACGUCAUGAACUUCAUGAACAAGCUGGCAGGAAACGAGUAUGUGGGCUUCAGCAAUGCCACUUUCCAGUCAGAGCGUGAGUCUGGAGACAGAAACUUCGCCAUUGGCUACUACCUGAAGGAGAAGAAGUGUUUUCCAGAGGGGACGGACAUGACGUCCAUCCUGGACUUCUACUUCCAGUUGUGCUCCAUCGAGGUGACCUGUGAGAGUGCCAGCGUUAUGGCGGCAACUCUGGCCAACGGCGGUUUCUGUCCAAUAACGGGCGAGCGUGUGCUGAGCCCUGAGUCUGUGCGAAACACUCUGAGUCUGAUGCACUCCUGCGGCAUGUAUGACUUCUCCGGACAGUUCGCUUUUCACGUUGGUCUGCCGGCUAAAUCGGGUGUGGCUGGCGGGAUCCUGCUGGUCGUUCCCAACGUGAUGGGCAUCAUGUGUUGGUCUCCUCCGCUCGACAAGCUGGGCAACAGCGUCAGAGGCAUCCAGUUCUGCACGGAUUUGGUUUCCCUGUGUAACUUCCACAACUACGACAACCUGAGGCACUUUGCAAAGAAGCUGGAUCCUCGCAGGGAGGGAGGAGACCAGAGGGUGAAGUCUGUGAUCAACCUGCUGUUUGCUGCUUACACAGGAGACGUCUCAGCUCUCAGGAGGUUUGCGCUGUCCUCCAUGGACAUGGAGCAGAGGGACUACGACUCGAGGACAGCGCUGCACGUGGCCGCCGCUGAAGGACAUGCUGAGGUGGUCCGCUUCCUGCUGGAGGCCUGCAAGGUCAACCCAGUUCCCAAAGACAGGUGGGGGAACACGCCGAUGGAUGAGGCCGUGCACUUCGGCCACCAUGACGUUGUCACCAUCCUCCGCGAUUACCACAAUCAGUACACCCAUCAGGAAGGCAGCACGGCCAAGAAGAACGAAGAGAACCUGGACGGGAUGCUGUGAUGGAGAAUGCGCUGCUCAGCCGUGUGAGGCCGGGCGCUUGCCUCCACCAGCGAGGGGAAGAGAUCAGGCGGUGCUUUAGACAAAAAACUGGAAAGAUCGCAAGUAGACGCAUCGCUGAAAUAACUGAAAACAAACCUUUACAGUAUCUGUUAGCGCAGCAGCUGCCUCCCUCCGAGUGUAAGUGCUCCUCAUCAUGUUCUCUUUAGGUGUCGUUGUGUUUUUGUAUCGCCGCUUGUGUGCUCUGAGUGUGGAAGUACUCUUAUUUUCCGUGUUUCAGCUUUUACGUUGACGGUUCUUUUUAUUCUGAACAUCAGCAACAGGAAGCAGCAGCUGCAUAAAACCUUCGUUAUGGAGUGUAACUCCGCCCCCACAAACAGUUUUUGAUGUGCGUUUGUGAUAAUCGAUGUAAGAUAAACUGUACAUUACUGUAGUGUUUGUGUAUAUUAACCGAGGACGGCGAGUCUCUGUAAAUAGGUGUACAAAUGUGUAGUCGAUCAGUCUCGUGUGGUGAUGGGUUCAGAUUUGAUAACAGUGUGCGUUUCAGUCACUUUUGGAAAGUAUUUGAACCAUAAAAUUCUUAUUAUUAUUAGUUUUUUUUGGUAAGCAGCUUUUUAAUGUGGCAACAGAUGAGUUAAAAGAUUUUUUGUUUUUAUUGUUGUUUUUUUUCCACUGAAACUGGAAUUUUUCACCCGUCUUUUCUUUUAUUUACUAUUUAUUUCAGGUUUAUUAUUUUUUUAAAGUGGUAAUAACGUAAAGCAAGCCAGCCAAAGUUCAGUUCGUACUUCGUCUCCUGACCAUUGAAAGUGUUUCUGCAUAUCAGACGCGACACUGUCAGGGCUCCUAGUGAAUGACUGUAAACAUGCAAGAAAAUGUUUUUCUUACACUUUGUCUUAGUUUAAAGAAGUCACAGCAGAAAAUGGAUGCACUCAGCAAUGGAGAUAUUUCAAUACUUUUAUUUUGAAAGUCUGUCUAGUGUAUUUCAGUAUGUGGCAUAAACAGUGAGCUGAUUGGUCCCUGUGAGUUGCUUUAAAGUAGCUGAAGAGUACCGUGAGAGUUGCUACUACUACUCUUACUAUUCUAGUUAUUAUCACAAAUCCUUUAGUGGCAUUGUUUGAAAACGGAAAUCAGUUUAAACAUUUUAAGGUCUUGCUAAUGGAGACCUAGAGACUUGUCACUGAGUUGAAAUUGGUUGCAAAGAACGUGUUGCUCUGAUAGCCAACAUGUUGCUUGGAUCACCUGUUGUUGGCAUUGAAGAUGCCGACCGAUCUGCAGAGGUCAAUUCUCAGUCCUCAUAAUUUCUCUACCGCUCAGUGAGCAGCUGGCAAGUGUCGGCAGAUAAGUUGGAGUCUUUCAUACAAACUGCACAAAUACAGCAACCUGUUGGCCACUAAAGCGAGGUUUUCGGUACACUAGUCUUUGUAACCAACCUUAAAAUGAAUAUGCAUGUUUCCUAGCAACCUGUACGUUCUCUAGGAUUAAGAUAACACAGAGCAACUUGACAGUUUCACCUUACUUAUCUUUUGACUUUAUAUAUCAUCUAUAUAUCUUAUAGAUGGUUCUUAAUCUUUCUCCUCAUUAAACUUCUUUUUAAAACUUUAUUGGUAAUUCUACCAGCCUCUGAGGACAGCCUCUGUUUCUAGGCACAAAUUGUAAAAUCCCCCAAAGCAACAUUUAAAUACAGUGUUAUUUAAAUGAAGUCUUGAAAGAAUCUGCUUGAGUACUUUUUUUUUUUUUUUUUUUUUCCUUUCCUGCUGUAGACGUGAAAAUCCUCGGAUCUACAUCUUAACUAAUCCUGCAUUUUAAGCUACCUAAAGUUGGAAUUAAAAACAUCCAGCGUUCGUUUAAUAACCAGUGAACUGCUUCCUUUGUUGACCCUCUCAUUUUCUGCUGUUCAAAUUUAAAGGCUUUUAUUUUAAAGGAGCAGUCAUACUUGAAAAGCAGAUGUGUUUUUGUGUGUCUGAAGCGUGUUUGACUGUUUUUACUUUGUGAGCGAACAAACUGAACCAGACAGUCUGCGACAUAAUCCACAAUUUAGAAAAUCCACAAAAACAGUUUUUGUUUUUUCCUCAGGUUUGGAUCAGUUCAUCCAGUUUACAUUUCAAAUUAAAAAAGGAACUUAAAGGAAGCACAAAACGCCAAUAUUUUUGACACUAGUAGCAAUAGAGAUGACGUGAUUGUAGGAUGAGGUGAACUGAUCCAAAUCAAAGUCCAAAGUAUUCUGAAUGUAACGUGUUUGGUGUUGUUCUGUUUCUUCUUCAUGUGUAUGUAAAGCUGCUGCAGCUCACUGAGCAACUGCAGGCGGCCCAGAUAUUUAUUCACAGAAUAAAAACAUGAAAAAACCA